AGCUCAUAUGGGCAGAGGUUAAAAAUUAUACAGCUAAGCACAAUACAACUUUUAAAUUUUGUGACCUCAAAGGACUUUUCAAAGAAGCACUAGAAUUAAUAACAGCGCAAAAAUGGGAAAACUGUAUUAAGCACGUGAAAGACAAAGUUGAAAAGAGAAUGUGGGAACUGGACAAUAUUUUAGAGGAACAAGUCGAGCCAUUCAUUAUUGACGUUGGUGCUUCAGGCAGUAGCGAUGAUGGAAGCUCAUCAAGCUCAUCUUUCCAAUAAAAGAUGUCGUUCAUCAAAUUCGGUGAAUCUACUCCAAAGAAGGCGAAGACGGUCCCAUCGGCCGGAAAGGUCUUGGCGACGGCUUUUUGGGAUGCGAACCGCGUGUAUUUUUCAGAAAAAGGAAGUACGAUCACUGGACAAUACUAUAGAAUUAUUGGACCGCUUCGACAAAAAAUUCAAGGAGACACAUUUGACGAAAAAGAAGGUGCUGUUUCACCACGAUAACGCACCAACACAUGCAUCCGGAGUUGUCGCCGCCAAACUGCAUGAAGUCAUUUAAGAGGUUGUAUAAGGGCUGCAGGGAGCUGGCUAAAGAAAAAGGAUGCGGGUUCGUCACAGUGGACUGUACGAGUCAUUUCACUGCAUGUGCGCUCAAGCGACUGGGUUUCCAGCUGCACUGGUCCAUGGAUUACGCGGACUACAAAGUGAAUGGAGAAACUGUAUUCGAUCCGGCUCCUCCUCACAAAACCGUCACUGUCUAUACGCAAAAAAUAGAGUAAUUUGAAAGUAUUAUAUUGGAAAUUGCAAUAACAAUACGCAGGCUUUCCAGAAUACCGGGUCAUUAUGUAACUUGCGACUCGUAUAAAUAACUUGGACUAUAUCUAUAUUUGAGAUAAGAUCUACAUGCAAUUGCGACCACACCCUUUGUUAGGGGCGUUUGAUAACAACUUUCGUGAUUCCCAAGUUACAAAUGAUCCUGCUGAAGGUGAUUCAAUAUCAUGUAGUGUAUACGUCAAUGUUGAAUGUUAAACGUCAGAUUUAAAAGUUAUACUAACUUUAUAUCAGGGUAUUUGAAAUAGCGAAGAUUCUUUUACAUUUUUUACUUCCUUUUCCACAUAAUCAUUAUUCUUUUCCAUUAUAAUUAUGGGCCUUGUAGGUCUCCACGUAAAAAGUAAGGUUUGUGGAACGUUGAGAACAUUUAUCUACCUUUCAUGCUAUUUAAAAUCAGUAGUUCUGCGUCACUUGAGUAGAAUACGUUUAACAAGAUUGGCAACAAAUUAUCAAAGUAAGUACUUUUUGAUUUCCCGUAUCAUUAAAUCAUGUGUAUAUAUGUAUAAUCACUCGAAUAUUAACAGAGAUAAUAAUACCGACAAAUCUGUAAUUUCAAAUAUGCGCCAUCACUAAAUUGGCAUAAAAUAAAUGUUCAAAUAAUACAGUAUCUAUUAUACAAAGGAGCAUAUUCCAAAAAAAUCUUUUGUUAUGCAAAAUACGUUCCUUUCACAAUAUACUCGUAUGUGUAUAUUACGCACAAUAAUAUUGAUAAGUUUUUGUUUCUUCAGGUCGGUCCAUUACAAUGCAUUCUGCAUUCAUGUAUGAGUAUACAGGGUGUUCGAAAAAUAGACGGAGAUAUUUUAGAGGGUGAAUUUGUUUGCCGAUAAUAUUCACUAAGGUGCCCCCCGGGAGCGCCACUGAACCUAAUAAUUUUAAUCUAUUCAGGACUAAAUUAAUACAACAAAUAAUAUUGCCAAAUUUCAACAGAAUUGAGUAAAUAUUUUUUAAGAUAUCAAUGAAAAAAUAUAUUAAAUUUAUCACCCUGUAUCUUUUUUUGUGGGCCCAUGUUUAUAGAAACUUUUCUUCAUAGGAAUCACCCUGUAAAAUAUAUCCUUCUAUUUUUCGAACACCCUGUAUAGUAAGGUGAAAUAUUUAAAAGGAUGAGUCUUGAGUUAAUUUUAAGAAUAAGUCAUACAUAAAAGAGGAGAAAUUUGAGAUGCACGAUAAAGUUUUCAAAUAAUCGUCUUUUUUAUAUCAAGAUAUUUCAGUGGAAUCUGGUAGACAGUUACUAUACGUUUGAUGCAUUUUAUUAUGUAUAGCAUAUCUUUCUUCUAGUGGCGUUAAUCCGGGAUUUGAAGUAAAUAGUUUUUAAAAAAAAUAUGGUAUGCCACAAGUACCUAACAAAAAUGAGUUUUAUAAUUCCCAUCCCCAAAUAAUAAAAUCUUAUUAUGUGGUUUGCUAUAUUCUAUCAAUUUCCACAUUACAGCCAAUUUGACCGUGUAGAGAAAUGUUUCUUAUUUUUUACGCAAACACCGUGAGAAUUUUUAUGCAGCAAAACACAAAAACUGUAUAUCGAAAUUUAAGACGUCACAUACGAAGUUUAUUUUAAAAAUCCAUAAUCGUCCUUUAAAAUAUAUUACCUUACUUCUAGAACACAUUUUGUGAGUAGCAAUUUGUUUAUCUCCUUUUCAUAGCCUUAGUUGUUUAAAAAAAAGCAAGAUAACCUAGGUAGGCCUUGAAAUUAUCGGUCAUUUGUUUUGCCAACUAGAUUUAUCUCAAAAUUAUUUUUAUUUUUUACUGACUUUAUUUGAGAUGGAAUUCACUUUGUGCUCGUUAUAAUUGCUAUCAAACAACAAACUGAUGGCCAACUAACGAAAUACAAUACUGAAGUUCCAAUAUAUAGUCAAAUUCACGAAAGAUGACUAUUACGUCAUACCAUAAAUUGUACUGAAGUAAUCAAUGGACGUACGUCGAUGAUAAAAUCACGAGUCAGAAACAAAAUGACAACAAAUUUAUAUUAUGAUUUUUCGAAGUUAGGUUAUUUCACUAAUUAUUUUUAUUUUCAUUUUAUUUCAUGGUUUUGAGUGAUACCUUAAUCAUAAUUUUAGUGGGGAGUUUUUGUUUUGAAAAAACAGUUAUGAGUAGAAUACCUUAAGACAAGAAGACCAAAGUAUUAUUCGAAAACAGCAUAACCUGCUUUAACAUAACCUAACUAUUCGUCUUUCAAAUAUGAUCGAUCAUGCAACAUGAAAACAUCGUUUAUCUUUGUCGGAUACAUGCAAAUUAGCAAUACAGUUUGUUUAGACAAUAAAAUUCUGUUUGUCUCUGUGUAGCAUAUCAGAUACUUCAUUAAAUAUAUUCACAAAUCGCUGUCGUUUGUCUUUACUACAGACUAAAAUGAUGACGUUAUUGUCAUCUUUCGUGAUUUCGACUAUAGCGUCCACAUGAAAACACAAAGUUGGUGAUGGAAGUCGAAAGGAGAAAUGUUGAAUAGGAAAUUUGACUUGGAGGAGAAUAAGUAACAAUAACAACAUGCAAUUUAUUUUGAAAUCCCAUCUUAAAGAAAAUCAGGAAGUUAUAAAAGUGAUUUUGGAAUUAAUCUAGUGUGCGAAACAAAUGACUAUGUGCCAUCUAUAGAGGAGAAAAGUGGCAAUGUUAAUGUGCAAUUUAUUUUGAAAUCCCACUAUAAAUAAAGUCAGGAAAAAAUUAAAACUAUUUUGGGAAAAUUCAUUUUCCCCUCUCUCUCUCUCUCUCUCUCUCUCUCUCUCUCCUGAAGUACUUUGAAGUUCGAAACUCUCUGAGCGGCUUUUUGUUGAUUACCUAAAAACGCAACUUUGCCACUAUUUAAGCGUCAUCGUAUGUCUUACAGUUUUCUAGGUCCCAAUGAUGAGGGUCGAGUUUGAAACACCCUGUAUAGUACUGGUCUGCCAUAUUUGUUGUUCAAAUACUGAAAAAUAGUAAUAAAACCUGCGGACUAGCCUGUUAAAAACAUGUUCGUUCAUUGUCGUAGGAAAUGUAAAUAGGUUUAUGGUUCAUUCCAAACAGAUUUCACUUUGGUUUGGUAGAAUUAGAAACUAUUUUUAACGUAAGCAGACAUCAAUCAUAUAGCUUUACGAGUUCUCAAAGCGGAUUGCUAUAACCACAAAAACUUCUCUGGCCGUUUAUCAAAUAACGUCAGAAAAUGCGGUGAUUUGAACUCGUGAAAACGUUUCUUUGUUAUUUUUAGAUCUAUAUUUAAAUGUUAGACAUGUUGUAUGAUAAAACUAACUUGAGUAUGGGUUGUGCAGGAAAUAUAAAACAUCAAGUGUAAAUUUGAAUCAUGAAACGUAAUAGUUUGUACAGAAAUUAUUUGCAGCGGAAAACCAGCGUUCAUAGGAUGUAUUCCACAUAAUUUGAUUGUACCUAUCAUGUUAGAGAAUGUUCCUUUUUGCAUAAUUUAUUGUGAUAAAUUUUAUUGUAUGAAAAAAGGUAUAUUUUGAAAGUAUUAUUUAUUAUGGAUGUAUAGAUAGGAACGGAAAGCUGUGACCCGAAAUUUUGUAGUUUGUACAAUUUAUUCAUAGUUUUGUAAUAUUUUUUAUACGCUCAAAUUUAUCCGAUUAGCAAGAAAUAGAUGUGUGCAUUUAUAAAAUAGUGUUCCGAUGUAUAUGCCAAAAAUUAGCAUACGUCAAUAAAUGUAAUAUGUACAUUGUAUAAAAUGUUGUUUUUGAUGAUUGACCUCCUUUUCAGUGUCAUUUUUUUGUUGCAUUAACGAGACGCUAGACCUGAGAAAGACAAAUCGUGGUAGUAGAUGACAAAUACCUACUUCCAGUUUGUAGUUCCGUUUCAGGUAGUACCGACAAAGCUUUAAUAUUUCCAAAACUUCACACCACAGAUUUAUCGAAAAGCACUGAUUAAAAGAAAAAACGCCGAGACAUGUCAACCGAGUUCUACGGGGGGACAACUUUUUAAACAAAAACUACUUCACCCUCGGUCCCUCAGAGCCAUGCCCUUAAAAAUUUCAAAGAUAAGUAAUAGCUUGUUUAAAAAGUAUUGCGAAGUCCUUUAUUUUGACGUUUGAUUUUUUGGAAUCAGUCGAUUCGUUUUAGA